AUGACCCGCCUGCUCCUCUCCGUCCUCUUGGGCAUCCCCCUCGUGGCAGCCAUCCCGGCACCAGUUGCUCUCCCAACUCCCCCAGGGAUCCCCUCUGCCGCUACCGCAGAGUCCGAGCUGGCUGCCCUGACCGUCGCGGCCGCAGGCUCCAACGACGGCUACUCUCGCGACCUCUUCCCCCACUGGAUUAGCCAAGGGGUCGUCCUCGCCCGCGACGGCACCGGCAUCGUCAAGGACUCCAGCUGCUAUCCCACCAGCGGAUCAUGGUACUCUCCCUACGACGGAGCCACCUGGACGCAGGCCAGCGACGUGGACAUCGACCAUGUCGUUCCCCUCGCCAAUGCCUGGAGAUCCGGCGCAUCUGAAUGGACCACCGCGCAGCGCCAGGCGUUUGCCAACGACCUGACCAACCCGCAGCUGAUGGCUGUGACGGAUAACGUCAACCAGGCCAAGAGCGACGAUGGACCCGAGGCGUGGAAACCUCCUCUUACUUCGUAUUAUUGCACGUAUGCGAAGAUGUGGGUGAGGGUCAAGUACGUGUAUGAUUUGACCAUUACCUCGGCGGAGAAGAGUGCGCUUGUGAGCAUGUUGGAUACUUGCUAGUGGAUGUAACUGUCUGGGUGAGAAAGUUAUCAGCUAGUUGACAGCAGAGAGAUAUUUGUAGAUAGAUUCUGUUGAAUUAAAUUACCACCUACUGAGUGGAGAAAUCCAGUC